AUGAAUAACCGCGCAAAUAUGCCUCUGGAAAAGCGCCGCUGCACCCACUUCGAGCUAAGGGCGGCUUUGAGCGUCCCGCCUCUGGACGCCCGUGAAACGCCGAUGGCGCCGUCGACAGAGGUGAUGCCUGGGGGAGGGAGGUAUACACUACUUCCAUUGGUAUGCCAUCGUUUCGGUCAUUGCUGGCCAGACCCAAACCUUCCACCAUGGAUAAAUAAGCUGAGGCAAACUUAUCGCCCGGAUAGUUCAAAUUCAUCGGCCGGUUAGGUAUAGUAACGCCGCCAACGUCCAAGUAGACAUUUUGAAUGUUGUGAUUUUUGAAAUUUAAUGGUGAUUUCAAAAUGUUUCCCCGGAACGCAUCACCUGAUACCAGUCCCACCAUGAUUCUUUUCGGAUGUGAAACAUGUGAUUGCUGCACUUUCUGAUCUAUUUCCUUCAAUAUUGUAGUGUCGCACCUGGACAUCAGUGUAGGGAUACUGUAUCAUAUUCGUCUCUUUCAAGUGUUUCUCUAGAGCAUUGGCAAUGCCGUCGUGUAAAUCGUAGACGUUCACCAAAAGAUGAACGCCUUCAAUGUUUAGACGUAGGCGAGAUCCCACUGUGGCGUUUUCCAUACCUUGAACUAUGAUAAGAAACGGGGAAGAUUUGGGAUGUGCCACUAGUCGAAUAUUCCAAUAGUUUAGCAUUAGGCGUUCCGUCUGAAAGAUUGGAAUGAGAAUAUUGGCUUCUUUCAAGUGUUCUCUAGAGCAUUAGCCAUGCCGUCGUGUAAAUCGUAGGCGUUCACCAAAAGAUGAACGUCUUCAAUGUUUAGACGUAGGCGAGAUCCCACUGUGGCGUUUUCCAUUUCUUGACGGGGAAGAAUAGGGAUGUGCCACUAGCCGAAUAUUCGAAUAGUUUGGCAUUAGGCGUUCCGUCUGAAAGAUUGGAAUGAGAAUAUUGGCUUCUUUCAAGUGUUUCUCUAGAGCAUUGCCCGUGCCGUCGUGUAAAUCGUAGGCGUUCCACACAAUUUUACGUUUACGGCGUCGAAUUGACACACGAGGAUCAUGUUGAAUACUUUGACGGAGUGGCUGUCCCGACAAAAUUUUUGGUGGUUGUGGUGGGUGACUAACGGAUUGACUAAAGAAACUACUUUUCUCAAUUUUUUUUUUGUCCGAUAACUUAAAUUUUAGUUAAAAUGAAUCAUCGCGUAAACCUGCUCAUGGAAGACCGCUGAUACACACACUACGAGCUCAAGGCGGUUUUGAGCCUCCCGGCUCUGGACCGUGGAGCGCCGAUGAGGACGUCGUUGGCGUUCUUAGAAUCAACCUUUGGGUAUCCGAGGUGGGUUUUCCCGUUAGCUUUUAAUGUAAUAACCCAUGCUUUUCAGGACGCUCGCUCUCCUGAACACGUGCCGAUUCGCGCAUAG